AACAUAGAACUCAUAAUAAAAAUCAAUCUCCGUACAUACACACACGCCUUUCUUUUUCUCUCUCUUUUUUUUUCUUUUAUCAUCUUACCCCCUCCCCUUUUUUGUAUGACUUGAUGUCAUCCAACUACCAUUUACCAACUAUUGCGGCAGUAGCAGGGUUUGCACUUGCUGCUUCAAGUUAUGUUUUGUCUACCAACAACAGCUUUGAGUCAAAAAAGAGAAGAAGAAGAAUACGAUCUAAAAUUCAAAAAGAACGUGAUGGAAAAUAUAUCCUUGGUCUUGUAAACUCACAAAACUAUUGCUUUGUGAACUCUGUCUUACAAGCAUUUGCUACUCUGUCUAGUUUACGUUCUUAUCUUGCUGAACGUGUGGAUGAACAAGGAGAUGAAUCAGCGCCUGCUGUUCCUCAAAAUGAAUUUAUUUUACAAUCUGUUGCUUGUGCACUUUAUGCAACUAUUGAGCUUUUGAAUAGACCCUUACCCAAGCCAAGAUCCAUUACUCCCUCAGAUUUCUUGACUGCUUUAGAAAGAAAAUCAGGCGGUACGAUUAACCGUGAACAACAAGAUGCCCAUGAACUGUUUCAAAUUAUAUCCAGUGUAUUGACUGCAGAAGAAGAGAUUCAAUAUAAAGAAAAUGCCGCCUCCUUAUUAGAUGCUACAACCCUCCGAGGAUUUGCAGUAGGAGAGAAUGAUCCUAAUGGUGAUAAUUUCGAAACAUCCUCUGUGUCUUCAUUUGGCACAACAGCUUCCAUGUGGAGUUCAUUUUCAGUAUGUACAGUAGGUGGACAUUUACGUCCAAGACGCAAGAGCCCAAGAAAUCCAUUUACUGGCUUAGCUGCUUCCAAGAUCAGUUGUAUUAAUUGUGGAUAUACAGCACCUAUAAGACAUCAUACGUUUGAUAAUAUAUCUUUAACUGUUCCUCAGACUCCAAGUUGUACUUUAGAAAGCUGCUUAAAAACCUAUACAAAAGUCGAUAUUUUAACAGACUACCAAUGCAGAAAAUGUUCAUUGGUUGCCACAUUAGAAUCCUUAACAAAAGAAUUAGAGACAGUUCAAGAUGAAGAAAAAGCUACUAAGUUACGUAUAGAUAUAGGCAGAAUAAAAGAUGCUUUACGGUCUAAUGUAGAAGCGACUUUGUAUGAUAUCUCAUUAUGCCCGCCAAAAGAUGCCCCUCGUACAACAAAACAAACCAUGUUUGCUAACCCACCUAAAUCGUUAUGUCUGCAUCUCUCUCGAAGUAUUUACCAUCCUUCUGGUAUCAUUCAAAAAAACCAUAGCCAAGUCGAAUUCCCUGAAUACCUUGACUUGGCUCCUUAUACAACCAAUGGCUAUCUCAACACUUCAGAACCCACUGCUUCCUUGAGUUCACCACCUCCUACACCUGUCUUACCACACACACGUACCAGUCGUACAAGUCUUGUUUAUUUGCGUAACAUGACGGGUGGUCAUCGAUUCACUCACUCUCAUCAAGACGGUCUUGGUGUUGCUUUACUCGGCAACACAAAAGAUAUAGCAGAUCGUCCUGUUCAAAACGCAUUGCCUUCCAUUGUGGUGCCUGUAACUCGUGCGAUUCAGUAUCGAUUGUGUGCUGUCAUUGUUCAUUAUGGUAAUCAUGAUUCAGGUCAUUUUGUAACCUAUCGCCGUAAAAAGCUACCUACAGGACAUGAAGUCAGAAGUCCCUUGGGCGAUACUAAGCCUCGACCUCCUACUAAGUUUUGGCGUUGUAGUGAUGAAGUGAUUGAAGAAGUCGAUCUGGACACUGUGUUAAAGAGUGAGGCAUACAUGUUAUUUUAUGAGCGCGAAUAAAUUAUCUAUAAAUUAUCUUUUAUUGAUUGACAAGCAGUUCAUUUGAGAUCAAUAUGAACCAUUCCAAAGAACUGACAAUACAAAGCAUAUCAUCUCAACAACACUAAAUAAAAAACAGACAAGAG